AUGCGGCAACCAUAUCUCAGCUCUCGCGAGGUUUGGUCUUCCCGGAAGCGUUGGAGGGCAUUCCAUGUUGACCUCAUCGCGAUGUGUGGCGACUGUGUGGAGAAGGAAUAUCCCAACCGGGGUAACACCUGCCUGGAGAAUGGAUCUUUUUUGCUGAACUUUACAGGCUGUGCAGUGUGUAGUAAGCGGGAUUUUAUGCUGAUCACAAACAAAUCCUUGAAAGAAGAAGAUGGAGAAGAAAUAGUUACCUAUGAUCCAGAUUUGUGUAAGAAUUGUCAUCAUGUAAUAGCCAGACAUGAGUAUACAUUCAGUAUCAUGGAUGAAUUUCAGGAGUAUACCAUGCUGUGUCUGUUAUGUGGCAAAGCUGAAGAUACUAUCAGUAUUCUCCCUGAUGACCCCCGACAAAUGACUCUCUUAUUCUAAGGAUCCUUCUACAGAUCUGUUAUAACUUGGGUUGGUUUACAAUACAGCAAGCCUGAUGGUUUGUCUUAUUUCAUUCACACUGAAAAUUCUUUGCAUAUUUUUUUUCUGCUUAGACUUACUUAUUCUUUGAGGAAAAAAAGUAACGUAGGAGAUCAUUGUUCUCUAGAGCUGAGCUCUUCUGCUAAAGUUCAAAGUUCACAUCGGUGUAGCCAGAGUGAAGCAUCUUUGUUAGCAGUUGUGUGGUCAGAAAACAACUAGAAUGGGAGCAUACCUGGUGCCCAGAUUUUGGUUUCCAAUAAAAGGAACCAGGGCUCCUUGGAAAAUCAACUGAUUCUACAACUGGGGUGUGAACUAUACAAGAUGAGCCUAGAGUAUCUUGUGCCACAGAAAAGUGAAGUUCUGAAAUU